AUGGCUGCUCCGCCAGCCUCCUCCGUCCUCGCCAUCUGGCGCGAGACGGCACGUGAGAAGAAGGUUAGCGUCGUGGUGCUUCUUGCGCUCGGACUGUGCUCCCUGUAUAGGUACCUCAACAGUGAACCGGAUAGCGCAGGGAAGGACGGCACGGCAGCCAAGGCGGCCGACACGCCGCCGUCGUCGAGCGAUGGGCGCGAAGACUCUCUCACAGGGGACGCGGCAGCCGAUAUGCGCGUGGCGGCGACGCACUACGGCCGGGAGUACCAGGACCGCGUGAAGGCGACGACGGCCGUGCCGAGGGCUGCGUCGAAGGCGCGCCCCUUCAUCGGCUUCUCGCUCGCCGACAACAUCGUGGACGGGGCGUUGGUGGUGGACGGCGUGUUCGUGGGCGGGCCGGCGGACCAGACCGGCGUGGACAUCGACCACGAGCUGGUGUCCAUCAACAACGAGCCGGCGACGAGCAUCGCGGAGGUGCGGCAGCUGGUGGAGAAGCACUGCCGGCCCGGGCAGGUGACCCGCAUGAAGCUGCGCAAGGAGGACGAGGGCUGCGAGUACGAGGUGAUGCUGUGGGUCAUGACGAGCGAUGAGAGGUACCGCGGCCGGCCCUACUUCUUCGACACGACGACGAACGAGGUGCGCCAGAGCGAGCGGCUGAAGCAGGCAUGGCGGCCGGGUGACUCGCCCGUGAAGUAG